GAGCCUAUAAAUAUGAAGUAAAAACACCACCAGAGAACAUACCGCACCUGAACAGACCGAGCAAAUCAUUACAGGAUCUUGUUAAAUAAAGAUGUCUCAACAGACACCUAUCUGACAACCAUGUCGUUGCUACUUUUGGUACUGUUUUGCCAAGUCAUGGCCUCUGCGGAUUUCUUUACACAGGGCCCCUGUGAGCUGGAGCUGGAGGAGCUGAGGCGAAGCGUUCGGAGUUUGGAGAACACGCUGUUGAUUGGUGCCUGGAAAAUCGACCACAUGCGUAGACACAAGCUCUUCGGCCUUCCACAUCCCAGCAUGCAUCAGCCUGACCCAGCUCCUGACUCAGAGCCCAAAACAAACCGACACCGCAACACGACAGAAGACUUCAUAAGAGGACCACAAAGCCCACAUCUCACAGCAGGAAACCUCAUCGUCCAUGAUAAAGACUGCUCCGAGCUGUAUGACAGACUAAGGCCUGUCAGCGGCUUCUACAGGAUACGACCCAGAGCGACCCUGGAGCCGUUCCUGGCCUACUGCGACAUGGAGGACGGUGGCGGCUGGACGGUCAUUCAGCGGAGACGCCGCGGGAGGGUCAACUUCAACCGAGACUGGGUUGACUACAGGGACGGCUUUGGAGAGUUUAAGCUGUGGAACGAUGAGUUCUGGCUGGGGAACGAACUCAUCCACUCUCUGCUGGAGGAAGGUGAGAACCUGAUGAAGAUAGACCUGACAGACUGGACUGGAGAGAAGAGCCACUCCACGUACAACAACUUCAGGGUCGCCGACGAAAAGGAUAAGUACCGCCUAUCCUUCGGUCAGUACAGUGGGCGUGCGGGUGACGCCCUAAGCGGGGGCUCGAACAUGAUGGAGCAGUGGUCUGCCUCCCAGGGUGGAAUGUACUUCAGCACCAGGGACCAGGACAAUGACCGCUUCCUGCAAGGCAGCUGUGCCCAGGAGAAUCAGGGGGGCUGGUGGUAUAACAGGUGUCAUGCUGCCAACCUGAAUGGAAAGUUCUACCGGGGAGGGGAAUACAAGGCUAAGUUUGACAAUGGCGUGGUGUGGGGGACGUGGAAGGGCCUCUGGUAUUCCCUCAGACACACCACCAUGAAGGUGAGGCCCCGGCUCUUCCUGGACAGCAGCCUGGGCAGUGGAGCAGGGCCGGACGGAUAGCUCCAGCAGGAAAGUCAGAGGCUUCACCCUUGUUUUAGGCCCCAGUAGAUGAAGGGGCUGUUUCAGCUAGACAAAUUUAUAUGUGUAAUAGUGAAAAAGUGGAAAGACUUAGAGCCAAUCAAUUGAUAUCAUAAUGACUUAAAUUCAUUUGUAUCAUUGUAUCUUCAUCUUACAUUGUUUACACAUCGUGUUCAUAUAUUCCAUUACUUUUUGUUCAAAUAACAACAGAUAAGUUGGCAUGCUAAAAUAAUAAAUGUGCAUUAAAAACACAAAGGUCUCCCUGAUGUUUCCCAAAUUGCAACUAGAACAGUAUGCCUCAUGCAGUACCAGUCAAAAGUUUGGACACAUUGUCCAAACUUUUGAUUGGUACUGUACACUCAAACAAAUGGACAUGUUACAUCAGGUAGAUUGUUUUUUCAUACAUAAAAUACUGAGAGAGGCACACACUUCAUGGCGUUAUUUUUCUGCUUCACAAAAACUCUCUGCCUCAACCGCCCCCUCAAACAAAUACCAACACUGUAUCUCACCCAACUUGAGACUUGUGCCUCGACAUCGAUGUCAGACAACUGCAUAGUGUCUAUCGUUCCCCUUGACAGAGAGUGAGGACAGAGUCAUGGGUGGAGGCAGCGUUGGUUAGUCACUUAGCCCUAGUGUUGUAUCAUGUGUGUGCCAGUUUCCCUGGCCUUUCACGAGACCGUCCUGUUCAAUGUUGGUGAGUGUGACUGAAUGUGCUUGGUAUAAAUGUUUGAUUUCAAUGUUUGAUUUCAAUCAAUUGACAGUCUCAAGAGCCUUCCACCGAAACCUUAUAAAGUAUAUUUUGAGAUGAUAAGGAAGAGGCAUUUUCUUUUGAGAUGAGCAAUAGUUGUCUUUGGAAUAGUCACAUUCAAGUGGUCCCUGGAAACAAGACACUUACAAAACAACAGGACAAUUGACACAUUUUACAGUGUAAGACAUUGACAUUGGUUCCCUUGAAACAUUAUGCAAAUGGUGACAUUAUGGCUGCUUCUCAUUCUUUUCCUUAUCUGCUACUAGGUCCAGUAGCAGAUAGGGAGAAAAAUCAUUGAUACUAGAUUGAUGUUGUCACAAAACACUGUCGAAUGACAACAUUAUAGAAGUACAGACUCUUGUACUCUUGAUAUGUAAAAAAUACUCGAUAUAAAAAGCAUACAAAACAAUCACUUGACGACGUGUGAUAGUUGAAGAUGUCUACGGAAAUAGACGCCCCAAAGUCUUGAGAUUGUUUGAGCAGUUAUCCCUCCCUCCCUCCCCUCCCCUCCCCUCCCCU